UUUUCUUUCUUUUUUUUUUUGAAUCUUUUCUUUAUGGGUGAAUUAACAGAACAAGAAAAACUAGAACGUCGUAGACAAAAGCGACAACAACGUAUAUUACAAGCAGGCGAAAGUCGUUUAAAUAAAAUCACAGGCACAGCAUUUCCCAAUCGUGCUUCUCCUACACCCUCUCCUUCUAGUUCAUCAAAGCCUGUGCGAAGAGCAAGUGAAGACCCCAGUGAUGAAUUAGGGGCACCACCACCUGUGAUGGACACCAUGAUGCCACCUAUGGCAAGUAUGUUUGGACAACCUCCUUUAGGUGAUCCUAUGGAACAGUUAUUCAGUCAACAGGGAUUUAAUCCCGCCAGUAUGUUUGCCAAUCUGGCGAAUGAACAACCGCCUCCAUUGGUGGACACCUCAGCUAAAUAUUGGAACCUGUUACAUUUCGUGAUGAUGAUCUCGCUGGGUGUUUAUGCAGUCUACACCGAAUGGACAAGGGCUGGAUCAGAACGAUUGGCUGCUUUAUUGUAUGACCCUGUUACGCGUUAUCCUUCUGUGCAUGUGCCUUUGUUUUGGUAUUUUGUGACAUUGGAAUUAGGCUUACAAUCAGCCAGAUUAUUCUAUCAUCAAGGCACGAUGCCUUCUCAGUCUACAUUGGCUCAAAUAGCCACUCAAUUACCCCAUCCGAUUGGCACAGUGGCCACUGUGUUUUUACGUUAUCGACUGAUCUUUGCUUGUCUUGUACAAGAUAUAUGCGUUUUGGUCUUUAUUAUUGGAUUGGCUCAAGUUAUUUCGAAUGCGAUUAACUAUUAAACACUUGAUCCACAAUCACAUUGGAUUGAGUACGAGGAAUAGCAAUCUCUUUGGAAGUACCAUUGGCUAUAAUAAAGACAAUGGUUAGUGUGUAUCCAUGAAGAUAAUAUGCCAUACCAUAAUGAAUAGAAACAGUAGGCUUCGUAGAAGCAUCUAAGGAUUUGUUGACCAUGUAUUCGACAUGGGGAUUGUUGUAUUGAAUACGAGGCAAGUUUUCAUGUAAAAAGUGUCUAAUCAAAUCAGACCAUGAUGUCAAUCCCAAACUUACUUUGCUCCUGCACUUUCGUUUUGACCCUUGAUGGCCAAUGUAAGUGAGAUUUUGGUGAUGCUCGAAGGUAAUUUAGCAGCACCUGGGCCUGAUGUCAACUGUUGAAGGAUAUCGCGUGUUGAUUUAGCUGCUCUUAAUGACAUGUUGUUGUUG